CAGCGGCAAGUGCUGUCCAGGAGGCCGGGGCCCUGGAGACGAUGCGCCCCGCGGAGCUGCCUGGGCCUGCGGGAGCAAGCUGCACCUGAGAUGGAGUUCCCGCCCCUCUGGCUUUGCCUGGGUUUUCACUUCUUGAUUGUGGAAUGGAGGAUCGGACCUGGGACAGCCACUGCAGCUUCCCAAGGGGGCUGCAAGGCGGUCGACGGAGUCGCUGACUGCCGGGGUCUGAACCUCGCUUCGGUACCCAGCAGCCUCCCACCCCAUUCCCGGAUGCUUAUUCUGGAUGCUAACCCUCUCAAGGUCCUGUGGAACCAUUCCCUCCAGGCCUACCCACGCCUGGAGAACCUCAGCCUGCAUAGCUGUCACCUGGACCGUAUCAGCCACUACGCUUUCCGAGAGCAAGGCCACUUACACAAUCUGGUUCUGGCAGACAACCGCCUCUCGGAGAACUACAAGGAGUCAGCUGCAGCGCUCCACACCCUGCUGGGACUUCGGAGACUGGACCUGUCUGGAAACUCCCUGACCGAAGACAUGGCGGCUCUUAUGCUUCAGAACCUCUCCUCAUUGGAGGUUGUGUCCUUGGCAAGGAAUACCCUCAUGAGGCUCGACGACUCUAUCUUUGAGGGCCUGAAACACCUCGUAGAGCUAGAUUUGCAGAGAAACUACAUCUUUGAGAUCGAGGGCGGGGCGUUUGACGGCUUGACUGAGCUGAGGCGUCUCAACCUUGCCUAUAACAACCUCCCCUGCAUUGUGGACUUCAGCCUCACCCAGUUACGGUUUCUCAACGUCAGUUAUAACAUCCUGGAGUGGUUCCUGGCAUCCAGGGGGGAGGUGGCCUUCGAACUGGAGAUGCUGGACCUGUCUCACAACCAGCUGCUCUUCUUCCCACUCCUGCCUCAGUGCGGCAAGCUGCACACCCUCCUGCUCCAGGACAACAACAUGGGCUUCUACAGGGAGCUUUACAACACCUCCUCCCCGCAGGAGAUGGUGGCCCAGUUCCUUCUUGUGGACGGCAAUGUGACUAACAUCACAACUGUCAACCUCUGGGAGGAGUUUUCCUCCAGCGACCUGUCAGCUCUUCGCUUCCUGGACAUGAGCCAAAACCAGUUCCGGCACCUGCCGGAUGGUUUCCUGAAGAAGACACCUUCCCUUUCCCACCUGAACCUCAACCAGAACUGCCUGACGAUGCUCCACAUCCGGGAGCACGAGCCGCCGGGAGCACUCACCGAGCUGGAUCUGAGCCACAACCAGUUGGCAGAGCUGCACCUGGCUCCGGGGCUCACGGGCUCCCUCAAGAACCUCCGGGUGUUCAACCUGAGUUCCAACCAGCUCCUGGGGGUCCCCACUGGCCUUUUCGACAAUGCCAGCAGCAUCACUACAAUCGACAUGAGUCACAAUCAGAUCUCACUUUGUCCCCAGAUGGUGCCCGUAGACUGGGAGGGGCCCCCCAGUUGUGUGGAUUUCAGAAACAUGGGCUCUUUGAGGAGCCUUUCUCUGGACGGCUGUGGGCUGAAGGCAUUACAAGACUGCCCGUUCCAGGGGACCUCCCUCACUCAUUUAGACCUGUCUAGCAACUGGGGGGUUCUGAAUGGGAGCAUCAGCCCUCUCUGGGCUAUUGCCCCGACAUUACAGGUCCUGUCUCUCAGGGACGUGGGCCUUGGUUCUGGCGCUGCAGAGAUGGACUUCUCUGCGUUUGGGAAUCUGCGGGCGUUGGAUCUGUCGGGAAACUCCCUGACCAGCUUCCCUAGGUUCAAAAGCAGUUUGGCCCUGCGGACUCUCGACCUCCGCAGAAACUCUCUCACGGCCCUCCCUCAGAGGCUUGUGUCCGAGCAGCCUCUGAGGGGUCUGCAGACCAUCUACCUCAGCCAGAACCCUUAUGACUGCUGUGGGGUGGAAGGAUGGGGGGCCCUGCAGCAGCACUUCAAGACUGUUGCGGACUUGUCCAUGGUCACUUGCAAUCUCUCUUCCAAGAUCGUUCGUGUGGUGGAGCUGCCCGAAGGCCUGCCUCAGGGCUGUAAGUGGGGACAGGUGGACACUGGCCUCUUCUACCUCGUGCUCAUCCUGCCCAGCUGCCUCACCCUGCUGGUGGCCUGCACCGUAGUCUUCCUCACUUUUAAGAAGCCUUUGCUUCAGGUCAUCAAGAGCCGCUGUCACUGGUCCUCCAUAUACUGACCCGUGUGCCAAGGCUAGAGACUUGGUUUUUCCUCGAGAAUGAGUCUCUCCACUGGAUCUUUACUUCUCCAGGGGUCGAGUGUGAUGCGUUGAAGGUUAAAACUGAAAUUUGAAAGAGUUCCAUCCUCAGUCCCAUUAACUUCUCCUCCCAUCCGUGUGAUUUAUCCUCAUUGUCCUGGUGAAAUAUUUAUUAAAUGACAUUCUGUGAGAAUAAAGGGUGUGCCUCAUAAAUAUUUUAAAAAUCAAAUGCAUCUUGUGUA